AUUCCCACCACUAGGGGCAGCUGUUUACAUGGAAACUCAGUAAGGUACCGAACAUAUAUGAGACCUAGGUACAAAGUAGCUUACAAGAUGGUUACGGAGAUGGAGUGGAAGUGUUGUCAUGGCUACUCAGGAGAUGACUGCGCUGAAGGACCCACAGAAGGCCAGUCACAAGGGACCCAAAUCUCCACAGUUAGGCCCCGACCCAAACCAAUACGUCCAGGACAGACGGGCUCCAACUCUGGGAAUGUACAGAUGGAAGGAGAAGGAAGGCAUGACUCCGACAAGGUGAAACACUUAGAAGGCAAUGUCCAGAGUCUGACCAAAGAACUUCAUGAUCUCCAGUCCACCCUGCGAGGGAUGAAUGAAAAGUUUCAUGAGGAGAUCCGCAAGACCCUAGUGACAGCCCUCAAUGGCAAGCAGCCAGCUGACGCUGCACACCCAGAGAUGAAGGAAACCCUCAGUGACAUUCAGAAAAUGAUACAGCAUCUUGACAACCGUAUCCAGGUCCAUGAUAAAGAGCUGAACUACCUGAACAACAAAUCUCAUGGUGAAGGGGGUGAAAACUUCAUUGAACAUUCAGACACUAAAAUGAACCAAAAACUCACCGACCUGAAGGAAGAAAUUGUGAGAGACUUGGAAAAAAGGCUCCAGCAGUAUUGCUCUGGCUGCCAAUUGCAAGUGGAGGACUUGAGGAAGCAGCAGGAGGAAGACAGAGACAGGAUCCGGGGGCUAGAGAAACUCAUUAACUCUGUGGACCAGCGGAACAAGCAGGUGAUGGAGAUUGUGCAGAAACAUGUGUCAAGUUCAUCCAACCAGCCUUCAAGGGACUGCUGUGCCCAAGUGGACCAAAUUGAACAUAAAGUCAGUGACAUUGAGAGGAAGCUAUAUUCUGUCUCUGAGGCUUACAAUGUUUUGAAUGGGCGGCUAGACAAUGAGUUGGCCGAGAUUGAGAAGGAGGACAUUUUGAAUAGAGAAGAGAAAACAAGUGCCCUUCUGGAAGACUUGGAAAGUCGUCUAAACAUCACAGAGAGGAAUACAGAAGAGCAUUGUCUCUUUGUCCAAACCGAGCUAAAGGGUUAUUUCCAUAAGGAGAUAAAUGACUUGAGAAAUGAGUUUAAUGAUAGGUUUGAUGAAAAUGGAGCCAAAAUAUCUAACAUAGUUCAAAAUGUGAACAGCUUAAAGGACAGAAUUGUUGACCAUGGCAAAGGCCUUGACAAAGUCUUCAUCCUUACAUCUGACAUGGAGAAUCAAUUGACUUCAGCAGUUAACAGUUGUGCUAAAAUCUGUGUCAGCAGUGGUCCUCCACAUCCAGAAGUUGAUGACUCUAAAAUGUCAGAUGUAGUGAAUAAAUUGGAGUGGAAGGUCAUUGUAAAUGAAGAAGAGAUUAAAAACUUUGGAAACAAGAUAAAGAACCUCUCAAUCUCUGGCGAUUUACUGAAGAACACAGUGGUAGAUAUUGGCCAUGAUGUACAGAAACUGAAGACCUUGAUAGGACACAAUGGUGAACAUUUCAAUAGGAUUGUUACUAACAUAGAGAACCUUGAGAAAGAACUAGAUUACAAUACCUUAACAAGUCUUACCAUUUACAGCUCUGUGAAAAACCAACUAGUUUCUCUGCGGAAUGAGACAGAAGACUACUUAGAUAAGCUGGCUAUGGAUCUGAAUAACAUACGUACCAGAGUGGAUUCUGGGGACACAACUUGUGCCCAAAUAUGCUCAAACCUACAGGAAGAAGUCGGGAAACUAAAGGAAGAAGUAGAAAAAUGCAGCGGACAAUGUAAGGUAGUCUUGAAGAGGCCAGAGGGAGGCCAGGUAGGAGGGGAUGAUCUAAACCAGCAGAAACCUUUAGAUGGACACAGUGUUAUCGGCGGGACAUCCAGCGUCAACUUGAAGUCUAUUCAAGGAGAGCUUUCAGAGGUCAUUCUGACAUUCAACUCCAUUAAUGACACACUCAAGGGCCUUGAACAUACAGUGCAGAAGCACAUUAGUGUUAUCCAUGACCUGGGCACCACUAAGGACAAAAUCAUCUCUGAAAUCAACAAAAUCCAGCAGGAGGUGAAUGAGCACAUUGAGGACAGCAAAGGCAGGUUCGACCAUGUCAGUAGGGAGAUCCAUCGGUUUGGUAACAACUUCAUGGUAGAAAUGGGUGAGUGUAAACACUCAUCUGAUGGACUGGAAAAGAGGAUUUCCAAGAUGGAGAACCUUUGCGGAAAGUUUGACACAGUAUCAGGCAGCUUGGAAAGAAUUAAGGAUGGCCUGAACAAGCAUGUGUCCAGCCUCUGGAACUGUGUGCAUAGGUUGAAUAGCACAGUGAUUACCCACAGUGGCUACUUGGACACCAUUCAGAACACACAGCUGGAUGGAAUUAAUCAACGACUAAACUUCUUGAACUCCUCUAUGCUCACCUUAUUCAAGGAGUUCCAGGACUUUACCCUUCAGGACGUUAUGGGACUUCCAGGUCCAUUAGGCCCCCAGGGAGAGAGAGGUUUCCAAGGACCCCCUGGACCACAAGGGCCCCCAGGCAGGGAUGGAGCCACAGGCAGACCAGGAGAACAAGGACCAAUGGGACCCCCAGGUAUCAGAGGCGAACAAGGUCUUCCUGGUUUAGAUGCAUCGCUACCAAAGGUUUCAUUUUCAGCAGCUCUGACAUACCCACAGGUGGAUGCUGGAACAAUCCUUUUCGAUAAGGUCUUGGUGAACGACGUCCACUUCUACGAUCCUUCUACUGCCAGCAGCCACAUAGAGAACUUUCAUAGUUUACCUGGAAACCGUUUGGAGCCUCGCAUAAGAAGCAGAGCAUAUGUAUUUGUUUUAAUAUUCUAAACUGUA